AUGGCUCUGAGGAAUGCAUUACAAGGAUGGAGUUCCGUCCCCGGGCAUACAUUUUUGCAACAAAACAUGAACACCGUAACUAGCCUACGGACAGGUGCUAUACGCACCAUGGCGACUCAAUAUGGCUCGAAAAAGAACUUGAUCGGUUUGUCUCUGCAAGAUCUGCAGCAGGAAUUAGCCACUGUCAAAAAUAUCAAAAAGUAUACAGCCUUGCAAAUAUGGCAGCACAUGUAUCAAAAAGGUUGUACGUCCUUUGAUGAAAUGUCGACAUUAUCCAAGGAUCUGCGAUCACAUCUCAAAGAGUAUUACAUGAUCCAUUACGGUGAUGUCCAACUGGAUAGGACGGCCAAGGAUACCACACGAAAAUUUCUGAUUGGUUUCAACACCAGACAGGAUCCAGGAGCGAUUGUGGAAACUGUCAUGAUCCCCGAGAGCCGGCGAGUGACACUGUGUGUCUCGUCUCAAAUCGGUUGUUCACUGAAAUGCAGCUUUUGUCACACCGGGACACAAAAGUUGCUGAGAAACCUGACAGCGGCCGAAGUGGUCGGUCAAUUUAUGAUUGCUGCCAGUCGGGCAGGUGAUUUUCCUUUGAGAGACGAUAGGAAGCGCAUUGUUUCGAAUGCCGUGUUUAUGGGUCAAGGCGAGCCGGGUUAUAACUGGAGAAACGUAAGUAAGGCGAUCAAGAUUCUCACUGAUCCCCAAGGAUUGGACUGGUCCAAACACAAAAUUACGAUUUCCACCUCCGGCGUGGCACCGGUGAUUCCGAAAAUCGCCUCAGAAUUAGGGGUGUCUUUAGCCAUCUCGUUGCAUGCCACCAAUAACCAGUUACGCAACGAAUUGGUUCCCCUGAAUAAGACGUAUCCUCUCGACACCGUCUUGGCAGCGUGUAGAGAAUAUGCAGCCAACAUGGGCAAAAAAGGUCGCCGAAUUACGUUUGAAUAUGUGAUGCUUCGCGGUGUCAAUGACUCGGCGGGCGAGGCACGCGAGUUGGUCCGUCUGUUAAAACAGCUUCCGGCUCAUGUCAAUUUGAUACCCUUUAAUCCCUGGCCAGGUUCUGGUUAUCAGAGUUCGACGGCGGAACAAGUGCAACGAUUUGCAAAUAUUGUUAUGGAAGGCGGAAUUCAUUGUACAGUACGACGGCCGAGAGGUCAAGAUAUCCUAGCAGCAUGUGGUCAACUAAAAAGCUCGCUGAUCCAAUCCAACCGACUUGGAUCCAAUGCAUAA